UCUCUCCCCUUCCCUCCUCCAUUUUCUCCUUCCCCCUUCCUCCCCUCCCCGGCCCUCCCUCUCCUCUUCCACCUGUCCUUCUUCCCUGCUCCUGGGGAGCACCCCCGUUUUGGAUUAGCUGGGGGCCACCGCCGGAGGCGGGGGAGGGGGCCCUGUGGACUGCCCUCUCCCCCCGCCCCAGCCACACCGCCCAGCGCCAGAGCUUCUCCCCCUUGUCGUUCCUCGGGCCUCGAGGGAGCCCAGCCCUCCAUCCCACCAGGAUCCGUGGCGAGUGGGGGCCGCGGCAGCUGCGUCCCCAUGAGGAGGGGAGGAAGAUGCCGGCUGAGCUGCUGCUGCUGCUGAUUGUUGCCCUCGCCAGCCCCAGCUGCCAGGUGCUCUCAUCACUGCGCAUGGCUGCCAUCCUGGACGACCAGACAGUGUGUGGCCGUGGUGAACGUCUGGCCCUGGCCCUGGCCCGGGAGCAGAUCAAUGGGAUCAUCGAGGUCCCAGCCAAGGCCCGCGUGGAAGUAGACAUCUUCGAGCUGCAGCGGGACAGCCAGUACGAGACCACGGACACCAUGUGUCAGAUCCUGCCCAAGGGGGUCGUGUCUGUCCUGGGGCCCUCCUCCAGCCCUGCGUCUGCUUCCACCGUGAGCCAUAUCUGUGGGGAGAAGGAGAUCCCCCACAUCAAGGUGGGUCCCGAAGAGACGCCCCGCCUUCAGUACCUUCGCUUCGCGUCUGUCAGCCUGUACCCCAGUAACGAGGACGUCAGCCUGGCAGUCUCACGGAUCCUCAAGUCCUUCAACUACCCCUCGGCCAGCCUCAUCUGUGCCAAGGCCGAGUGCCUGCUGCGAUUGGAGGAACUGGUGCGCAGCUUCCUCAUCUCCAAGGAGACGCUGUCGGUGAGGAUGCUGGACGACAGCCAGGACCCCACGCCGCUGCUCAAGGAGAUCCGCGAUGACAAAGUGUCCACCAUCAUCAUCGACGCCAACGCAUCCAUCUCCCACCUCAUUCUCCGUAAGGCCUCGGAGCUGGGAAUGACCUCAGCGUUUUACAAGUACAUCCUUACCACCAUGGACUUCCCCAUCCUGCACCUGGACGGGAUCGUGGAGGACUCCUCCAACAUCCUGGGCUUCUCCAUGUUCAACACCUCACACCCCUUCUAUCCUGAGUUUGUGCGCAGCCUCAACAUGUCCUGGAGGGAGAACUGUGAAGCCAGCACCUACCCCGGCCCCGCGCUGUCGGCUGCCCUGAUGUUUGACGCCGUGCACGUGGUGGUGAGCGCCGUCCGGGAGCUGAACCGCAGCCAGGAGAUCGGCGUGAAGCCGCUGGCCUGUACGUCGGCCAACAUUUGGCCCCACGGGACCAGCCUCAUGAACUACCUGCGCAUGGUAGAGUAUGAUGGGCUGACCGGGCGGGUCGAGUUUAACAGCAAAGGGCAGAGGACCAACUACACCCUGCGCAUCCUGGAGAAGUCUCGGCAGGGCCACCGUGAAAUCGGGGUGUGGUACUCUAACCGGACCCUGGCCAUGAACGCCACCACCCUGGACAUCAACCUGUCGCAGACACUGGCCAACAAGACGCUGGUGGUUACGACGAUCCUGGAGAACCCGUACGUCAUGCGCCGGCCCAACUUCCAGGCCCUGUCGGGGAACGAGCGCUUCGAGGGCUUCUGCGUGGACAUGCUGCGGGAGCUGGCCGAGCUGCUGCGCUUCCGCUACCGCCUGCGGUUGGUGGAGGACGGGCUGUACGGGGCGCCCGAGCCCAACGGCUCCUGGACAGGCAUGGUCGGCGAGCUCAUCAACCGGAAGGCAGACCUGGCUGUGGCUGCGUUCACCAUCACGGCUGAGCGGGAGAAGGUCAUCGACUUCUCCAAACCCUUCAUGACCCUGGGGAUCAGCAUCCUGUACCGAGUGCACAUGGGCCGCAAGCCUGGCUACUUCUCCUUCCUGGACCCCUUCUCCCCUGCUGUGUGGCUCUUCAUGCUUCUUGCCUACCUGGCCGUCAGCUGCGUCCUGUUCCUGGCCGCCAGGCUGAGCCCCUAUGAGUGGUAUAACCCGCACCCAUGCCUGCGGGCGCGCCCCCACAUCCUGGAGAAUCAGUACACGCUGGGCAACAGCCUCUGGUUCCCCGUGGGGGGCUUCAUGCAGCAGGGCUCGGAGAUCAUGCCCCGGGCGCUGUCCACGCGCUGCGUCAGCGGAGUCUGGUGGGCCUUCACCUUGAUCAUCAUCUCCUCCUACACGGCCAACCUGGCCGCCUUCCUCACCGUGCAGCGCAUGGAGGUGCCUGUGGAGUCGGCCGACGACCUGGCAGACCAGACCAACAUUGAGUACGGCACCAUCCACGCUGGUUCCACCAUGACCUUCUUUCAGAAUUCACGGUACCAGACGUACCAGCGUAUGUGGAACUACAUGCAGUCGAAGCAGCCCAGUGUGUUUGUCAAGAGCACAGAGGAGGGCAUCGCUCGAGUCCUCAACUCCCGCUACGCCUUCCUGCUCGAGUCCACCAUGAACGAGUACCACCGGCGCCUCAACUGCAACCUCACCCAGAUCGGGGGCCUCCUCGACACCAAGGGCUACGGCAUCGGCAUGCCGCUGGGCUCCCCGUUCCGGGAUGAGAUCACACUGGCCAUCCUGCAGCUUCAGGAGAACAACCGGCUGGAGAUCCUGAAGCGCAAGUGGUGGGAGGGGGGCCGGUGCCCCAAGGAGGAGGACCACCGAGCUAAAGGCCUGGGCAUGGAGAACAUCGGCGGCAUCUUUGUCGUGCUCAUCUGUGGCCUCAUCAUUGCUGUCUUUGUGGCGGUCAUGGAAUUCAUAUGGUCCACGCGGAGGUCGGCAGAGUCGGAAGAGGUGUCGGUGUGCCAGGAGAUGCUGCAGGAGCUGCGGCACGCGGUGUCCUGCCGCAAGACGUCGCGUUCCCGCCGGCGCCGGCGCCCGGGCGGCCCAAGCCGUGCCCUGCUGUCGCUACGCGCCGUCCGCGAGAUGCGCCUCAGCAACGGCAAGCUCUACUCCGCCGGCGCGGGCGGGGAUGCGGGCAGCGCGCACGGCGGCCCCCAGCGCCUCCUGGACGAUCCGGGGCCGCCCGGCGGCGCCCGGCCCCCCGCCCCCACCCCCUGCACCCACGUGCGUGUGUGCCAGGAGUGCCGGCGCAUCCAGGCGCUGCGGGCCUCGGGAGCCGGCGCGCCCCCGCGUGGCCUGGGCGCCCCUGCCGAAGCCCCCAGCCCGCCCCGCCCCCGGCCCGGCCCCGCCGGCCCCCGCGAGCUGGCCGAGCACGAGUGACCACGGGCGGGGCCGGGCGGGCGCCCGGACUGACCGCAGGGACGGGGCGCGCCCCAGGCCCCAGGCCCCAGGCCCCGGCCGCCCUCCCUUCCCCAGCGGGCGAGGGACGGGACUUGCGCCCCCGCGCGCCGGACGCCGCGAUUUUGCCUUCGGUUCCCGGUGAAGUCCGAGGCCCGGCUCCGGAGCCUGUCUGCGCCCCCUAGUGGACUCACCAGAGGGUGCCGCGGACGCCUGCACUCCGCCCCCCACUGCGGACAAGAGGAGCGCAGGAACCGAGGACUCCGGGGGCCGGGGACUGCAGGGGCCGAUCCCGGAAGCGGAAAGCAGUCCUUGGGGAGAACCCCAUCCUGGGACUGCUCGGGCUCCCCAAGACUUGACGCAGCCCUCCCCACUUCUGGAGAAGUGGGGGGCCUCUGGGCAGAUGGGUGUCCCCUGGCGCCCCUCGACACUUCUCUUUCUCUCUUUUUUUUUGGGGAGAAACCUCGGAAUUUCUAUGAGACCCCCACAGGGAGGGGGUCAGUUGGGCCCCCAUCCCUCCCCCUGCCACACCCCAGUCCCUGUUGGAAUAAAAAAAAGAACAAAACCCCAAAA